AUGGAUGAAAACUUGGCAAAUAUAUUUUACACCUAUUUUGGCGGUGACAUCUACACCACCAAGCAGGCUUUGGAUAGCCUCGUAGAGAAGAAGGAUAACUUCAACCCAUUUGCAGUUGUGGACUGCCCUGGCUUACCAUCCUGUGUGGAAGAUCCGGAGGCGAGGGCGCACCUCGAGAACAUAGCGAAACAAGGCUUUUCGCCCGUGCGAAAUGUCAAGACAGACAAGGGUGCGAGGAUGAUAGCGGAGGAGAAUGUCGGGGGUAUAAUUAAGGAGGAUGCCAUCACCUUCGAUUUGCCCGACAUCUUCACAAACACGUCCUGUGAGUGGGCAGUCAUUCCGUCUUCCUACCACAUGCGCCUCAAGAUUGCCGACAAGCUCAAGAGCAUCUUUCCAUCAGGCCUCGGCUUGCAGCAGCGCAGCCAGCAGCUGUCCAUUUGCCGCAGCCUGCCCCAGAUUGUGGGCAGCCAUUGUGAAACGCUGCCAGAGCUGCCGCAGUCCGACCAGGCGAUGAACUUCUUCCUGCAUGCCGAAGCUUGCCCCGCUGCAGGCUGGAGCAAUUCCGGGCUGCUGCGAGUACAGGCCGCGACAGGGUCGCCGGGCUGCUUGGAGGUGUACUCGGGCGUGGGGAAGAGCUCGCUAAUAGCCGGCGUCAUUGCCCCAGGAAUCUGCACCGCCACCCUCUUCGACGUGGCCGGCAAGUCCAAGGAUCCUGGAGUACGUGGGCCUGCGCUCAAGAUGUACAGCAACGUGCCGGAGGCCGGGAGCUCCACAGCCGUGCCGCCCAGCGCAGACCAGUCGGCCUUCGACGUGCUGGAGGGCGUGGUGGCCACUAAGAGCACCCCGGACAGCGUGGACCUGAAGCUGUCCAACUACAGCACCACGGCGGCCAUGAACGGCUCCAUCGCCUCGGCCAACAACGCCACGCUGGCCACGGUGGCCGCCAACUACGGCCUCAAGACGGUGGUGGACCAGCACUCCCUGGACAUAGCGGCGAGGAUCACGCCGCUGGAGGUGGACACCAAGGUGGCCAACGCUCUCCUGGGGGCCGUCACCGCCGCGGCGCUGGCCUCCGAGCUCGCGAGCCGAGACGCCUCCAUCUCGGGGCUGCAGGCCUCCAAGGCAGACGCCAGCGCCCUGACUGCUUACGCCCUGCAGUCGACCGUGGACACUUCCUCGGAGGACGCGGAGACGACCAGCGCCAUCACGACCGCGCUGCUGGCCUACUACACCUCGGCGCAGGGAGAGUCGGUCUCCGUGACGGACCUGCUGGCGGACUCGCUGGCCCUCACGGGCUCGGCCACGCUGGACGGGCUCACCGCGCAGGGCAACGUGGGCUGCGACCAGCUGCUGUGCAACGACGUGAACUGCACUGACGUGUUCACGACGGGCGUGGACGCCUCAGCUACCGGGGCGCUCACGGGCGCCACGCUGACCAUCACCGGGGCGGCCUCCGCGGGCCCGCUGGACUGCGAGAGCCUGGACUGCACCUUCACGGCCACGAGCGGCGGAGUGUCGACGGGCAGCGUGGUCUGCGGCGACGUGACGAGCUCGGGCACGGUCUCCGCGCCGCAGCUCUUCGCGUCCAACACGCUCAUCGUGACCAACACCUCCGACUUCUCGGACGAUCUCUUCCUGACGAAGAACUGGGCGGGCUGGAGCAAGCUGCAGAUGUCCAACAACAGCGCGGCCUCCGACAGCGGCCCGGAGCUGCGGCUGCUGGGCAACCAGAGCGCCAGGGUCUUCCUGGAGCGGGACGGCGGGACGCACCAGUGCGAGCUCAUCAUGAUCAACGAUGAGGCCGACGUGGCUGAGCUCCAGCAGCUCUUCGACUCCGUGGACUUGGCGAUAUCCCAGUUUCCGCAGCUGCCUCAGACCAUGCUGGUUCACCUGCGUCGUGGUUCUCACAACUCAGUGUGGGAUGAAGAUGCCGGCAGCUUCGCUGCUGAGAUUCUGCAAUGCGAGGAGGAUGGCACCACGGACUGGCUGCCCUGGAUCUGCCUGAAGUACCUUGCGGCAUUUGAAGCUGCUCGCAUGAUGGGCUUCGGAGUAAAUUGGCUGUUCACGGAUGAAGACCAGGACAUCCUCGGGCUUGGGGGCUGCUUUGCCCCUUUGCAGAGCUUGUGGACUCAAGGUGGUACGGUGCCCAAGGUUCCACCCGUAUCUAUGCUGGUGGGCGGCCGAUUGACCCUGAGGACCGCCACCUUGAUGAAGCCCUGCGUGUCUCUGGUGCAGUUGGCUACCGCUGAUGCCUGGGACAGUGGCUCGCACACCAGGCUUGACGCGGUCAAGCAACAGGUUGCUGAGGAGCUCAAAGCCGAAUUCAUGAAUGAGCUGCCCGAGGCUCGACUGUAG